AUGUAUGGCGGUUCUCAGUACGCAAACAACUCCUUCGUUGAACUAUGUCAACCCGUCCAUGUUCUUGCUCAAUCAGGGAUCAAAGACAUUGGCUACAUUUCUGGUGAAGAGUAUGCUAGACUGAUCAGGCUCUUGGAAUACAAGGAGAAUGAGGCCAGGAGGGAUGCUUUCCAACUGUAUCAGGCCCAAUAUUUUACCAAUCAGAUGUGGACGCCGGGCGCGAGAUUUAGAAGUUUCCACAAGGCGCAGAUGCACAGAGUUACAGACAUGAGGUGGCGAUAA